UUAGAGCAGCCAGACUGUGUCAGUGUUUGUCAAGAGAACAGAGCAACAUGGCUUCAUCCUUUCUGAGCUUCUCCCUCCUCUUCAUCACUGUCUACACAGCAGAUGGAUUUUUGGAAGCCACAGUGUUCCGCUGUGAGUUUAACUCCUCUGAGCUGAAGGACAUCCGGUUCAUCGAGUCUUAUAUUCACAACAAAGUGGAGUACGCCAGGUUUGACAGCAGUCUGGGGAAAUACGUUGGAUACACUGAGUCUGGUAUGAGGUGGGCAAACAACUGGAACAACGGUCCACAGCUGGCUGAAGCGAAAGCUCAGAGGGCGACGUACUGCCAACCCACCAUUGGGAUUGACUACUAUUCUGCUCUGUCUAAGUCAG